GCACAGAAGAGCAGAGCACACGGGGCCCGGCCACGCCUCUGACCGCAACUCUCUAUCUCCAUCUUCGAGAGGCUUCCCUCCGCCGCCAUGGCCGCCGCCCGCGUGCUCCCGCUGCUCAGACGCCGCCUCUCCGCCACGAUUGCCGACUCGCCCGCCCCCUCCUCCCGAGGAUUUUCGUUUCCUCCAACCACAUCUGUGGGGCUAAGAUCCCUCCUGACAGUUACCGAAGCAAGCAACAAUGCGUCCGACAACAAUCCUUUGGACCAAGACCAAGAGGGUUCCAAAACCGACACGCUUCCAGCUUCAGUCCCUGCACCGGAGCCCAGCUUCAAGGUCAGAGAUACCUCCAACCUGAAGAUCUCGCCCAGGCAUGACCUUGCCAUGAUCUUCACAUGCAAGGUCUGCGAGACCAGGUCUAUGAAGAUGGCCAGCCGGGAUUCGUACGAGAAUGGAGUUGUGGUUGCACGCUGUGGUGGUUGCAACAACCUCCACCUUAUAGCAGAUAGGCUGGGCUGGUUUGGGGAGCCAGGGAGCAUUGAGGACUUCCUAGCAGCAAAAGGAGAGGAGGUGAAGAAAGGUUCAACGGAUACUCUAAACUUCUCUCUCGACGACUUGGUUGGGUCUCAGGUCAGUUCCAGGGGGUCUUCUGAACAAAAUUAGGUUUCUUCCUGACAUGCUAGCUUUUGGUCCAGCAAGUACCUAUGGAACCAACAUUAAUAUUGGGAAAAACCACGAGUUUUGUUCAACCUCAUGGCUUCUCAUGUGUAUCUCUCAAGCCCAUCGAGUACAUGUCAUUGUGAUCUAUUGCAGUGUAGCUGUUUUACUGAAAACUCAUCCAGGGGUUUUAAGCCCACAUAAGUGACUGGUGAAUUUAUUGUGAA